UAUAUGUUAACACAAAAUAAAAUAGAAAAUACAAAUGAACAACAAAAAGAUGAUAAAAAAGAGAAUACUAAUCCACCAAAACCUGAAACUAAUAGUAAAGAAAAUAAAGAAAUAAUUCAAUCAUCUAAUACAAACAAACAAAUUAAUUCAUUACCUUCACUUCCAUUAAAUAAUACACCACUUGGAAUAGCAUUAAAAGCUAUCAAACCCACUCCAGAACAAUUAGAUAAAUUACAUUCGUCAUUUAAUAACUUUGUUGAGGCACAAAAAAUAACAGAUGAAAUUGAAUCAUGUCAAGAACAAUUAAAUGUAUUGAAAAAAGUUCAAGAAUUAUCAAAUGAUUUUAUCAACUUACUCAAACUUAAAAUAGUAUUGCAAAGAGAAUGGUUAUUUGAUGAAAUUGAUAUUAAUGAAUAUUUAGGAAUUAUUGUUACCGAAGAUAAUAGAUAUGUUGUUAAUCCACGAACUAAUUCUGAACGUAAAACUCAUCAUAAAAUAUAUGAAAUAGAGAAAGUACUAAAUUAUAAUGAAGGAGAUGAAGAAUAUUAA